CUCGAGCUAUGAACUUCAAACAGCUUACAGCUCUUGUCGAUGAUGCUGGACAGGCUGCAGCGCUUGUCGCAAAAUCUUCUUGGGAACGCGCCGUAACAGCUUGGCUCUAUGUGCCUUUUGGUCUGACCUGUAUUCUCGCAGUCUGCUUUGGUGUCCACUCUCUGAUCUCUUUGAGCUCUGUGUCAUUCCCGGCUUCUGUGGCCUGUAUGAUAGGCCUGUUUCUGAUUUUGGUCGCUUUCCAAGGUAUGCUUGGUGACAAAAGGACUAAGCAGAUAGUCAACGUGAUUGAGAUUCCGUGCGGAUUUGCUCUGAGAUACAUCAAUAUCUUCUUCUGCCCCGCAUUCGUCACAUUACCUCUUAGUCCCUCGAUAAGCGGCAUUGAGGUCGCUAAGAUCGUAGCCGUCUUCGUCAUUGGAUAUGUUGUGGUUUUCGCUUUCACAGCAUACAUGGUUCGAGGUCUUCAGCUCCUCCUCGGCACAUCCAAACGUGCCAUGACAGAGCGAGCUGAAGAACUUGGGCACCAGGACGACAAUAUCCCGUUGACGCAGACGAGGCAUGAAUCAAAUGCCAGUGAAGUGCCCUCUAUCCAGUCGCUUUCAAACCAGGCUGGCCCGAACGACUCGUCAACGCCCUCUCCUCCGAAUGGACUCGCUGAUAUACAGGCGCCCUCCAGAGCCAAAAAUCCCGACUCUGUUACAGGUACGGGCGGGCCCCCUGUUGCCGACAACACAUCAGUAAACUCUAGAGUCACCGCCUCAGUCCGACACAACACUGCACCUCUGACCCGAGCUCAGCGUUGGGCUGCUUUUGUGAGUGUGAACUUCGACAUGCUGACUUAUGGAGCGUCAUUCUUCUUUGUCGGCAUUCCCAUCUACUAUGGAGCUGGUUACGCUAUGCCGGUUCAGCUGUCUCUCAAUGUCGUUUUCUAUUUCGCCGCUUUGCGCCUGCCACCUAGGUACAAGACGUAUCUGCAUCCUGUGCUCAUCUCUUCAGCAUUAACGAUUCUCGGUAUCUGGGUCCUUGCACUGAUCCGUCGAGACACCCUCAAAGAUGGGUUGAGAGCAUAUACAACAAACACAAAGUAUACACAGCUGUGGGAUAACGAACAAGGUUUGGAACCACCAGGAGCGGGCGAUAUGUUUGGCAGCGUUCUAGACGUCAGCAUCGUGGCUCUGAGCCUUCCCAUGUACAGAUAUCGGAACGAGCUCAAGGCUCGGUUCAUGACUAUCAUCAUACCCAAUGUGGUCGUCGCCAUCGGAUCACUGUUCGCAUAUCCGGUAUUCUGUUAUCACAUUGGGAUUUCUGCGCCGCGCGGUCUCGCCUUUGCAUCUCGAAGUCUGACGCUCGCGCUUGCGACACCAGCUACAAAGAACUUGGGUGGUGAUCCAUUCACUAUUGCGCCAUUGUGCAUCUUCAGUGGUAUUGCUGGAGUCAUUGUUGGGCCAGUAGGACUGAACAUACUGAGAAUUCCGAAAGAUGAUUACAUUACGCGCGGCAUUACUCUGGGCGCUAAUUCUUCUGCAGUAGCGACAGCACUACUACUGACCACAGAUCCUCGAGCAGCGGCUUUUUCGAGUUUGAGUAUGGGAUUGUUGGGCACAAUUCUAGUGGCGUUUACCAGCGUCCCUCCGUUGGUAAAUAUCAUCCGUGGUCUUGUAGGCAUGGCUUAAGAAGCCUCAAAUGAUCAUGUCGGCUCGCCGUUAGUAUG